UGUCUUUAAACCAAAGCUGGAAAGAAGACUUCACAUGUUCUGACUUUUGGGUUUGAGUGAUGUUUAAUGCUUUGUUUGCGAAAUGAAGACCUCUCUAACCAAAACUUUAAAUUGUACCAGUUGAAAGCUACCAAGAACACUAUAGUCCACAAUUAAACCAAUAAAAAAAAAGGGUAUUUUAUUGACCACAAUCUGCAUUGUUUUGCUAUAUACUUUUUUUGACAAGAGAUGUACAUGUACAUAUGUAAGAUAAGAUAAAACUCUAAAACUAAAACAACAACAAAAAUGUUCACUAUUAAAAAGGCAAAAGAUAAAAAGAUAUACAUGUCGUCAGUGAAGAGUUAUGAGCAGACUUAUCCAGGAAGAUUCAUACUGAAAUCUUAUUACAAUGUUAGUGUUGAUCCGUACGUAAAGUUAUCUACGGACUCACUUGUAAUACAGGGCAAUUUUCUCUUGCACUCCUAUAUCUGGUGAUUAAAGUUCAAAACCACUCAGGCCGGCUUAGAUAGGGGGCGAGUGGUGCGACCGCUCCGGUUCAAUCCGUUGUCCAUUUAUUUCUUAAUAGAUAAGGAUCCAACUUUUUUAAAAAAUAUAAGUAUUUUUAUAUUAAAAAUAAAAAAAGGGGUCCAAUUUUUUUAUAUAAAAAUAUUUUUUAUUUCUAUAUAUUAUUUCUAAAAAUACUUUUGGUAUUUUAAAAAAAAUAUAUAUCUAUCAGAUUUUUUUUUUAAAUAAUAGUUUGGAAAUUAAUUUUGUUUUUUCCAGGAUCCAUGACGCCAAUGGACCGGCCCUCAAACUAUUUAAUCUAGACGUGUGGUUAUAUUCUUCUAGUUAUUAAUUUUAUAUUAAUAUUUUUCUACGUUCUAUAUUUAAAUUGCAUGUAUGUAAGUUGCAUAAAACAUGUAGACUGGGUAAAAAUAUAGUAUUUAAGUUAGGGAAAAGAUCUUGUGGAGUUGAACCUAGACACGUGACAUAUCAUGGUUUUUAGUGUUUCUAUAUUGUUUAAAUCGAAUUGGAUACAGAACUGUGUAGAUGUAUUAAAAUUUGGCAAUAGAUGAGAAUUUUUCUACCGAUGGACGAAGUUCAAAUUUUGACACAAGGUAUAUAAAUGAAUUAUCUUUCCGAAUCCGAAGGUUUGAGGUCAACUCAUCAGUAGGAUUAAAAAUUAUGCUUUGUUCUAUCUGCCAGUUUAAUACGAGAAAAAUUGAAAACUUCGGUUUUUUUCUAUUUUCUAUUUUUUUUUUUGAAAAGGAAAGGCCUAUUUUCUAUUUAGCUUUACCUAAAAUUCGACCAGAACGUUUUAUACCUUAUUUUUAGAUGUUGUUAAAUCAUUGUUUAAGAUAAAAUUUAUUUUAGAUUUAGAGAAAAAGAUCGGGAUCCCUUCUAAGAUUGACUUGGAAAUCUUUUUUUAUUAUUUUAAUAUAAUUAUGCAAACUUCAUCAUUAAUCAUGUAUUCUUUGAUUAUGUCUGAAUAGAUCAUUUGUUAGAUUUAGAAAAUUUAAAGCAAUCAAUUGUUACAGUUUAUCUUUUAUUUUUUGGUCAUUUUUCUUAAUGCUAGAUUUAGACUGACAACUCUGAUAAUCUAAGAUCAUAUGAUAAUGGAUAGAAACAAAAAUGUUAUUGAUAACUUUUAAGAAUCUGUCAACUUUUAAAAUCACUUAACUCCUUUUAAAUUCUGAUUCUAAUAACUCCCUAAAAUAAUGUUUAAUGAGUUAAAUAACUAUUGACAAAGAAAUUUGGUUGCGAAAUUUAAUGAACAUAUCAAACCUAAUCUUAAUACUUGUUUUAAUUCUUUAAAUUCACAAAGAAAUUUGAGAUUGUAGGAUGUACACAUAGAUAGUCUCUGAAGCAGAAACUAACUGACUUAAUUAUUGUGAUUAGAGUUUUAAACUGUUUUUAAUAACCGUAAUAUUCGUUACUUCAAACAUGAUUUUUUGAAUGAUUUUCUUGGAUCUACCGACUUUCUUACAUUCCUCACAGACCGAUUUACUUUAUUAUUGUUUAUUGCUUUCUGAUUGAUUACACAGUUUAAUCUGAUUACCUAUAGUAUAUUUUGUGGUUUAGUCUCCGUGGAUUCAAUUUCGAAAUAUUACAACUGACUGGUGAUAAACGGUUUGCAGCUGCAAGUACGGCUCCGGAUUCGACUCCCACUGGUCACCAGAGAAUUUACAUGCGGACUUGCUCUGGCACCAGAGACCGAAGACCGUUGUCUGGCCAUGACCCAUCCUCGAGUGUGCGUCCGCGCCGCUAAAAGGUUCGGUCUCUAGUCUGGAUUACCACGGUGGAGGCCAAGACACUCGGUUAUCAAAAAAAAAAAAAAUUACAACUGACCAAUGAAAUUGUAAUGUUUCUCUUAAGAUAAAUUUGUACAUGUUAUCACGUUUUGUGUGUGUUUGUCGAAUGAUAUUCACAAACACAAAAGAAACAACACUAAGUCGAGGAAAAAAAACAAGCAAGUGCAUAAAAGUAAGAAUACUGUAAUUUAUGCUGCUACGUUGAAAACCGCUCUCUGGAACCGAUGACUUUUCUUUAAGACAUUUGGUAAACAAUUUCAGCUAAAUAAUGAAUAAUCAAAUCUGUUUAACCUUGGGAUUCGGGUGAAUUAGGCAAGUAGGGUCUGUAAUGUAUAACACAUGUCCAAGUCAUGGAUAUUUUGCUGUUUCUAUUUUAUUUUGAAAACUCAUCUUGUAUAUCGGGUUAUAUUUUUUUAACAUCUGAUUAAUUAUGCUAUUACAACGAUGAAUUAUGGAAUGUAAAAUUGUCUUUGUAAUAUUCUCAUCGUUGUAAUAACAAAGUUGUUAUUCAAUUCAAAUUUAAAUACAAGUAUAAGUUAUGUUGAAAAAUCUCAGCAGAUCAAUUAUUUAUAAAUUUUGAAUACAGACAAGAUAAAAUUUAAAAUUUUAGAAGUAAUAAUUAUGUUUGAAUAAAGCAUGUGUUUUGAGUUUGAUUCAUAUGGUUUAACUUCGUUGCCCACUCCAAGUUGGUUUUGAGUAUUCUAUUUCACUAUUUUUUAAAAUUUCAUAAAUUUUUUUUAUUUGGUUUCACUUUAUUUUUAAUGAAUCUAUAUUUAUUAGACCGACAUAUAUAUAUAUAUAUAUAUCAAGAUAAAAACAUGAAUGUGAUUGGCAAUUAUGUAACUACCAUUUAUAAAAAGUCAACUAAAUUUCUGAGCGUUUUCAUAAAGUUCAUUAACAUAGGAACGUCUUGCUAGACUCUUUAAUUGGCAAGGUCAUAAGAUCGCUCUAUUUGGUCUAAAAAAAAGAUCGCUCUAUUUUGUACUUGUUUGGUUGUAACAUAAUGUGUUUAAUAGAGUUACUCAUUUUGUCAAUACCAUAAUAAUAAAUGAAACAUUCAAAGUAUAAUUAUUUUGUUUAAAUUCGAAAUUUUUGAAAAAACAAAAAAUUGGAAUUUGGAAUCUUUUAAUAGAUUUAUAUAUUAUUUAAAAAUCAAAAGUUUGUAGUAUUUUGAAAUGCAUUGUCAUCAGAUAAGAUUAAUAUUAAACAAAGAAAUACAACAGACCAAACUAUUAAGAAAAACACCAGACCACCACAGACGAGGCCCAACCACAAGGCCCAAAAACAAAAAAAAAACACCACUAAAGACACAUAAACAUUACGUAUACUAAGGGGGUGUUAGUGGGAGUUAGAUUUAUGAUGAUUGUUAGAAUUUAUAGAAUCUAGUGUUAUUAGUUUACACAAUUUCACAUUCUCAUUAAAAUCUAGUGUUAUUGGUUUCAUGAUUUAGUAAUUCUAUACACAAUCUUUUGUUAUUCAAAAAGUCUAGAUUUUAAUGAUUCUUUAAAUCUAUUAAAGUUGGUGUUAUUGGGAGUUGUAUUCUUCACCAUUUAACUCAUAAUGCAAGAUUUUGAGAAUACUACUUAUAUACUUUAGAUUCUUAGAAUCAUUAUAUCAAUGUAUUUUCAUAGAAUUUCAAAAUAUACAAAACUCUCUACAACUCUUUCCAAAUUUAACAAAUCUCUGAACUUUUAAAAUUAACAAACUCUAUAUAAAUCUUAUUCCCACUAACACCCCCUAAGAGAAAAAAGAGACACGCGUCAAAAGCAUACCACCUCCUUAAAAAAAAAGAAUAAUAUUUUAAAAGUAAUCAUAAUAGGUAGUAGUUAGAAAGAAUUUCAUGAUAAAUAAAGUAUUUUGUGUCAAUAUAUACGAAUAAUAUAGCUGGAUCUAUAGUGUGUGUAGUUUCUGUUUGUCAACAAUUUAUUACAAUUUUAGCAAAAAAAAAAAAAAAAAAAAAAAACAAUUUAUUACAAAUGACAGAUUAACUAUUACCAUUAUUAAGAACAAGAAUGCAUAGUUGUAUUUUAUAAAUACAGUUAUACAGGUACUUAUAAUUCGAAAACCAUAUUUUAAUUCAUUUGAACGAACUUAAACAAAAUUAUUAAUAAUUCGGACGUUACUGUACAUAUUGCGGCUUUUGUUCGCAACCGUCUGAUUAGAAGGCACUAUUUUCUGUCAUCAUGAGGAACUUUGCAUAAUCUUUUUUCCUGACAGUGGUGGACUCGGUGAGAGAUAUCUGGUCAUACAUACAUAAAAACGUGCGCCUUAUUUCUAAUUUUAUAAGACAGGAACUAGUGCAUCAGAUACUUCCACAUCACACUACCAAUCGACCAGCCUUUGGUACUUUUUUAAUAUGUUGAAAUGGUUUUAAUAUUUUACAUUAACAGUAAAAAAGCACUAGAGCAAGAGAGAACCUUAUCUGAGUAAAUAAUGAUUAUAAGCCAAAAUUCGAAAAGUUGUCAAUGUAAUGACAGUAAAAUGUGAAAAUUCAGAGGUAAUAUGCAAAGAUCCAGACUGUCCAACCAACAACCAUUCUCGCUCGCCAGUGUGCUAGCAUGACUAGGUCUAGUGGCGGAGCCGGCCACAUUUUUAACGGGAUCAAUUUGAUUUCAGCCAUAUGUUAUAGUGAUCACUUUUGUUUUAGUCAGUAGCGGUCCUGAUACCAAGCAUUAGAAGCUGGAGUUUCCGGCCCAAAAUAAUAUAUGUACUUUACCGGCAAUAAAUUGAUUAUAGUUUGUCUAUAGUGCAAUGGUACUUAUGGGUGAUAUUUAGUCUAAUGGUAGUGAUUUCGAGUCUCUAUCCCUACAAAAUCUUGUAAGUUUUGAUAAUAUAUUUAUGAUCAGGUCCUAAAUUUUUUUAAGCUUCUGGUCCUCAAAUUUAGUGGCCGGCACUGGUUUUAGUGGUAGCUUCUCCACUGACUAGGCAGCACCAAUGCUAACUCGACCAGACCUCCAACCAAAGCGGUGUGGUUUGGUACAAAAUAGUUUGGAAAGUAGUUUAAGACACUUCAAAGAGGCAUAUAUAUCGUGCUAAACAAACAGCCAAAAAAAAAUUUGAAGUAAGAUUCGGCAAAAACUCUGAAUGCUAGCGUGCCAAAAAGCAAAAGGAGAAAAUCACUAUUUGAAUAGCUUUUCUCACCAUACUGCGAUCCUCGUACAUACCAUAUUGAUUUUAUUCACAAAUCAGGUUCUUCAUUCUGAAAGAAAAAACAUAAUCAUGUACCACCACACCAUUCAUGAAGGAUGCUGCUAAUUAUAUAAUCUGAAAUAAAAUUGUGUCAACCGGCAUACACAUCAAAUAAAUGAAGUAACCUAAAUUCUACCUACCAUCUUCAAAGACCUAAAACACACCCGCUGACGCCGAUAAUUUUUCUUGAAUAAAUGAAAGCACAUGUUGUACGAAAAUACAAUAAACGUACUUGCAUACUAUGCACUGAUGCAGACACAUCCACAAUAAAUAAAUGUUGGUCAAAUAUCAAAAACAAUUAAAGCUCUAAAGUCCACAUAAAUAUAAAUAUUGUGUAUAUAUAUAAUGUAGCAGAGGAUUCGUGACAGAAGGAGGAUUUUGCUUUACGCUUGAAACGAUAACUUUCACCAAAAUGCUUCUUUUUAAAAAUAAGAAACAAAAAAUGGGCCUUUAAUUUUAAUAUAAUCAGUUGUUCAAAAAAAAGAAACAAAAAAUGGGAACGCUGGAAGGAUAUCAUAAAAGUUCGUCUCCCUUAUGUGCAUAUGGCUCAAGCAUUCUUAGAAGUGUGUAAGUGCUGUCGAGGUUAAACCACCUCUUCAUGGAAGUCUCUUUGAUGUUUUUUAUUCUUUUUUGGCAUCAUUAGGCUUUAAGCUUUAUCUCUUUUGUACAUGUACAAACCUGUUUCAUUUUCAAUGAUAAUUCACAUACUUAUCAAAAAAAAAAAAAGGAUAUCAUCGUAUUUUUAGCCAAAACAUAUUAUAUUGUGUAAUAUCUUCUUAAGCAGAAUAAAUAUACAGUAUCUCUGAUACGCAAUGGAUAUGGGGAGUUUAAAUAAUAAUUAAUGUGAUUAACAACGGUAGUUGCAGUGUGAGCAGGUGCACAUCAAAAGCUGGUAGCCCACAGGCGACCAUAACAAGACCAAUGGCUGAGAUUUGAUCACUUAUCUGUCAUGUAUCCGAAUAUUAGGACACGAUUGGGCUUCCACGUCCACAAAUGUCAAAUAGGUGUAUCCUUAGUGUUGUGAGAUCAUAAAUUCUUAAAGGCAAAUGUGGAUAGGGACAUAUUUUCACUUUUGUUUCUAUGCAGUUUUGUCGGUUUGACAUUUUUAUGUACAUUACCUCUUUUUGUUUAACGCUGAUAUUUGAUGGCCGGAAGGAUGAAUUUGCCUAAAUUUUUUAUUUUUUUUCCCCUAAGGGUAGCUUUGACCAAAAUUGUUAACAUACAUGAUUUGUCUAACUCAUGGAAAUUAGACCUAGCUCAAAUUUUGCAAAACAGAUAAAAGUAUCAUCGUUUCUUUUUAUAUGCGAUUAUCGUCUAAAACUCAUUUACAGCUCUUAUCUCAGUUUUUCAAUAGUUGCCUUUUAUUUUGUGUACAGUUUCAGUAUAACAAUGUAUAUUGUAAACAUAGUUUUGAUAAAAUAAUACAUUUAUUAAAGUGUUUUAGUAUAAAAAAAGUUAGGUAAAAAAUUGUGGCUUAGUAGUUUGUGUUAGUAUACCAAUUGUUUUACUAUAUUCCACCAUUCAUGAAUGAGCUAUGUAUACACAUCAUGCCUAGUUUUCAAAGUGGUAGAAAAUGUUUUUUUCAGAAGGUCCAAGGACACAAGCUGAGGCUAAGCCCAAAAAAAAAAGUUUUAACUAAAUUUCAUAGAAAAACAAAUUUAGGUUAAAAAUGUAAUUCCUGAAAGCUGCAUUAUUUGGUCCUCUUAAUAGUUUAUAUAUUAAAAGAAUGGUCCUGAGAGAACCAUUUGUUUCUUUAAGGCACCAUCCUCCACAAUAUAAAAAGCUAACGAGUAAACAAUAGAAGAAAUUGAAAUAUAGGACAUAACCACAAAAUCCUAGGGAGAUCUGGCAUUAUUGAAGCUCAAAGUGUCAAACUAUGGAUCCUUAUAAGAAUCCUAAUCCGAAAGGGUACCAGCGACAGAGACCAUUUGGCUCAGCCGGCGAAGGUGGAAGCAGCGGCGGCUCCGAUAUGCCCCAUGAUAUAGAUGACAAUAAGAAGAAGAAGAAGCUGCUUCACCGCGACAUCGAACGCCAGAGAAGACAAGAAAUGGCUACACUAUAUGCUUCCCUUCGUAGUCACCUACCUCUCCAAUACAUCAAGGGGAAGAGAGCUGUUGCGGAUCAUGUAAAUGCAGCGGUUGGUUUCAUUAAGGACACAGAAACACGGAUUAAAGAACUCAGUGCAAGAAGAGACGAGCUAAGCAGAGAACAAACAUGUCAGAGAUCGGAUCCUAACCUAGCAAGAACUGGAUUCGAGUUAGGCAAAUCGGAUCCAGCGAGUUUGAUUGUGCAACCAUGCGUGAACGGUUUCGAAGUGGCGGUGAGCAGCAACUCUUCAGGUCCUGACGCUUUGCCACUUUCAAGAGUGCUUGAGGCACUUCAGGAGUUAGGGCUUGAAGUCAUCAACUCUCUCACCACACGAGUAAAUGAAAGGCUCAUGCACACUAUUCAAGUCGAGGUUAAUACUUUCGGAUGCUUGGACUUAGCUUGGUUGCAGCAGAAGCUAGUCGAGGACUUGAUCCUUUCGCCGGGAAAUAUCUAAAGCUAUCUUGAAACUUCAUCUUGGGAGCGGGCCUUGAAAUUCACUCGUGGAUGGAGGCGUAGCUUCGGUUUAAACAAGUUCAAGUGUGUGCUUUUGUUAUGUUUCAAAAGACGUUAGGGGUAGCUAGGUCAUAAAAUUCACCAUCAUUCACUGCCCCCACCGUAGAGACCAAGGGUUUGAUGUUUGCAACAUUGCAUUUUACUCACCAUCUAAGGUUUUUGUGUGUUUGCUUUACAUUUUGCUUCGAUUUAUUACCUCCAAAUUUCAGCUAUCAUGUUUCCCUUUCAUUAUAAUGUUUUGUAUCAUU